AACAGAGGCGGCAUCACCAACUGAUACUCUGGCACCAACUGAUUCUGAUAUUACUAAGGCUGAUGUUACAACAGAGGCGGCAUCACCAACUGAUACUGUAGCUCCAACUGAGUCUGAUAUUACUAAGGCUGAUGUUACAAUAGAGGCGGUAUUUCCAACUGAUACUGUAGCACGAACUGAGUCUGAUAUUACUAAGGCUGAUGUUACAACAGAGGCGAUAUCUCCAACUCAUACUGUAGCACGAACUGAGUCUGAUAUUACUAAGGCUGAUGUUACAACAGAGGCAGUAUUGCCAACUGAUACUUUAGCACCAACUGAGUCUGAAACAAUUGAUUCACAAACUGAAUCCACAACAGAGGGUCGUUUUACAACAGAGGAAGCAGUAUCUCCUUACACUGAGUCUGAUGUAACUAAGGCUGAUGUUAUAACUUAGGCGGUACUUCCAACUGAUACUUUAGCACCAACUGAAUCUGAUAUUACUGUUGAUGAUGUUACAACUAAGGCGGUAAAUCCAACUGAUACUGAAGCAACAACAGAGCCUGAUAUUACUGCUUCUAGUGUCACAACAGAGGCGGUAUCACCAACUGAUACUGAAGCUACAACAGAG